UCCCAGGAUGAGGAAUCUCCUCCUUGCCGUGCUCCUGGCUUGUGGGCUGCUCCCGGCCGGCAGCAGCGUGCUGGAGCUGGAGCGGAUGAUCAGAGCGGCCACGGGCAGGAGCGCCCUGCUGUCCUACAGCUGGUACGGCUGCUUCUGCGGCAUCGGGGGCUCCGGGACCCCCGUGGAUCCCACCGACCGGUGCUGCCAAGCCCACGACUGCUGCUACAGGAGGCUGAGGGAGGGCAGUUGCAGCCCCCUGACCACCCCGUACAGCUUCGCCUCCACCGACGGGCACAUCACCUGCAGUAACGAGCAGAGCUGGUGCGAGAGGGAGACGUGCCUGUGUGACACCGAGGUGGCUUCGUGCUUCGCCAGCACCCUGCACUCCUACAACAAUUCCUACCGCUUCUACUUCAAGCUCAAAUGCCAAGGAAGCAAGCUCCAGUGCUGA